ACAGCUGCUGGUGGCUUUCAAAAUUAUUAACUAGUUUUUCUCUCUUGUGAAGAGUUAUCAUCAUCAACAAGUGAUCAAAGUUAAAAAAAAUGGUGGUCAUUAAACGUCCACUUGAACAUUUUGAUAGUUAUGGCUAUCGUAAUGCUGGUAAUUCACUGAUUGAAAGUAGUAGUGUCAGUGGACAUGUACUUCAAGGUAGAAAUAUGAAUUCAAUGAAUGGUAUUCUUUUCCAAUUAUCAUCAUUAGCCUUGACUGCCUCUGAAAUUUUCAACUCUCUGAAUGAAUCAGCACGUGAAACAUUUGACAGAUUAAAUGCUCUCAAUACACGUAUUCAACAAAUUAACAACAAACUUCCACAAUAUGAACAAUUUAUGCAUGAGAAUAAUUCUAAAUUACUCUUCUCAACUUCAUUGUAUGAAUUAACUGAAGCCAAUUUAGCAGUCUUGUACAAGAAGGAUCAUCAAAACAUUUCCAAACAAAACAAUCCAGUUCCAUUGAAUUGGCAAUAUACAAAUAAUUGUUUACCUCCUCCUGAAUUCUCUCCAUUGUUGGAUCAAAUUCACGUACAAUUAUCACAACAAGCUGAAAAGGAAGCACAACAACAAGCAGAACAACAACAACAACAACAACAAGGAAUCAACACAUUGCCAAAGUACAAGACUUGCAUUGAAGCAUAUACUGAUUCUAAUUUCUUCUUCAAUGAAUGGGCUAAACGUGAGUUGGAACGUUUAAAGAAGGCCAAACAAAAGAGAAAGGAAGAACGUAAGAAGGCUCGUUCUGAACGUUCAAAGGCAACAGCAACUGCUGAAAAGAAACAAGUCAAGCAAAUGAAAAUCCAUCGUAAAAAGUACAAUUCUGAAGGUCAAUUGGUUGAAAGUGGUUCAAGUCAAUCAUUGUCUAGAGCUGCCUCUACAAGAAAUAUGGAAAUUCCAAACUCAUCAAGUGUUGGAAGUGGAAUGGAUGAACAAUAUAGUCCAAAUAAUUCCUCAAAUAAUUAUAUGGACUCAUCAAAUUAUAGACAACCUCCACCUGUUCCUACCAAUACUAAUCAAGGAUAUGGUGUUCCUCCUCCACCUGUCAAUAAUACAAGUGUUCCUCCUCCACCAAUUAAUAGUGGUGUAUAUGGUGUUCCUCCUCCACCUGUAAAGACUGUUCCUCCACCUCCAAUUGGUGGUAAUAGUGGAUAUGGUGUUCCACAACCUCCACCUGUCAGUAAUAAUGGUGGUUAUAGUGUUCCUCCUCCACCAAUUAAUAAUAAUAAUAAUGGAUUUAGUGUUCCUCCACCUCCUUCCAAUGUACCACCUCCUCCAACUCGUGCUAUCAAUGUUCCACCUCCUCCAAGUAAUAAUAUUGUAGUUUCUACACCUCCUCCUCAACAACAAUCUAGUAGUAGUGGUGGUGAAGGUAACAUUGAUAUUAUGAAAUCUGUUGAAGCUAGUAAGGCUCAAACUAAGGUUAUGGCAACUACUGGUAGAGGUAACUUGUUGGAAGAUAUCAGACUUGGUGCUAAAUUGAAAUCUGUAGCUGAAAGAAAAUUGGCAGCUCCAAAAGAAGAAGAAAAGUCAAUGAGUGUUGCUGAUAUUUUGAGUAAAAAGUUCGGUAAUGCUGCAGGUGAUUCAGAUGAGGAAGAUGAAAAUGAAAGCGACUAUGAAGACGAUGACUGGUAAACUACGGUUUAUUCAUUUCAGCCCAAAUUAAAUUUAGGUGAAAUGAAUUAUGUAUAUUAAAUAUAAUUAUUGUCUAACCUUUUGAUUU